AUGUGGUUCUCAGGCAGAAUGCACCAUUACCGCCAGACAAGGCCGAUCGAAACAGUCGUCAUUCAAUUUGUGGUUAUCUUUCUCAUAGCAACAUUCCUGAUCCGUGUCAAUGUGCUUUCCAGCCCACCGAAGGUUGUCUACAUGUUACUCGAUUCAAAAAACGGGACGGAAACCCGUAUUUCGCGUGAAGAGUUUAGUAGUAUUUCGUCCAAGCAGGCUAAAGCUAGUGGAUUCUCUGGCGAUGAGUGGGCUGAGGACCAGGCGGAGAGGAUUUCGGCUUAUUAUGCGGAGAAAUCGGACAUGCGGUUUAAUGAGGAGCUUGGGAGGACGGGUUAUCCCUUGACUACGACGAGUGAGGAGGCCAGGGCUACUUCUAUGCUAUAG